CGCCUGGAGUCGUGCACUGGCAUCAAUGGAGUACACUCGUGCAAAUUCGGGUGUCAUCUGCAUAGGCAGACACGGUGCUGUGGCUUGCAUCCCUGUCUUUCAGAUACGAGGAUGAGGAACGGGAUGGGAGAGUGCGCUGUGCCUUAUGGAACAGCUUUUUCCCAAAGGAAGCGAAGUGGACUGCACCUCAGAGCAGCAGCUUAGGAGCGACGUGUUCUUCACGAUAAAGGACCUUAGGCAGUCUCUCCAGAAACACCUGUGUGCGUGAUACAGUUGAAGAAAGAUUAUCAAAUGUGGAUGUAAAUAAGUGUAAAAAAGAAUUAAUUAAAAGUUUUGCCAGUUGCAUAAGCUGUAUCGGACUGAUAGCUAAUUGUAGAGAUAAUAUUGUUAUACACGGUAAUUAUAACGUAUGAAAUAAAAAUUAAGUUUCAUUAAUAGUAACAUGACAAAAUCGAGGACUGAACUUAAAUAUUCAUACCCUAAACGUGAGAGAGAGACAGUCAAAUGUAAUACUAGUACUUUUAAAGCCAAAACAAACAUAAAAAGAGAUAACGACGACCUAAGGAAAACUGAAAGGGUCAAGGCGCGAGACAGGGUAACCACGGCUCUUGAUGUUCCUGUCAAGCCAGUGAGUAGCAAGACUAAUACAUCCGAGAGGAGCUCGGAUAAGCGCGAUCCUUCUGUCACGGCAUGUAGGAACGCAAACAGCAGCUAUGGCGACCCAGCAAAAAGAGCGGCGGAACCUCGGAAUGCAGAGAAACUACAGACUCCUCGUUCUAAUUUAAUCACAGUUCACUGCGUCCCUCUUUCAGAAAGGGCCAAUCAUCAGCUUGCAGAUACCAGUCACCACUCUGACGCAGGUCGUUACCACCCUUAUCCUCACGGCGCAGGUCGUUACCACCGUUAUCCUCACGGCGCAGGUCGUUACCACGUACAUCCUCACGAUGCAGGUCGUUACCACCUACAUCCUCACGAUGCAGGUCGUUACCACCUACAUCCUCAUACCAGCAUUAGGUACCAUAGUAAUGAAUUUCCUCAUGCCAGAUUUACUAACUUCCGUCAACAUCCGUAUACUAGUCAUUACCAACGUCUUGACAGUCGUCAAAGAGAUUACUUCCAUUACUCCAAACCCGGCUUUCACUCCCGCCACCUUCCCAAUACCAACAUUCACAUCAGCACAACACAGGGUCAUAACACAAGUUAUGAGAAAGAUAAUGUGAACAAAACUCAGAAAAAAGAUGACAGUCGCAAAAGUUUUGAACAUAUUAGGAAUGGAGGUGUGAUAGAGCGUAACUUUAAGUCAAACUUAAGCUGGCACACGCCAGUCAAUAAGACAGAAAUGACUCGAGAAGAAAAACUGACAAAAUCUGAAAAAGAUGCGAAAGUAGAUAAAAUUCGCAUCAAAUUACAGAAUGUGGAAAAAAGCAAAAAGGAAAACAAUAGAGAAAGAGAGAGAGCUGUGAAGUGUGGAAGCAGUAGAGAAAAAUCUAGAUACAAGCAAUCAGAGGAAAAUGUAAUUAAUAGAGGACAAGUGAAUCUCGGUAAGUGUGAAACUAAAGUGUCAAGUUCAUCUGAUGUUCAUCACUUUACUCCCUCAUCCAGGAGUCUCUACGUUUCAGACACCAAAAACGCAAAUGUCAAAACUAGUCACAAAAGUGACAAAAUUAGGGAAAAGUUGAAAAAGAGAAAAACAGACCAAUUAAAAGUUUUGGGUCGACACAUGGUGACGUGUUCAUAUGUAAUGGAAGACAAAGUGGUGGACACUUGUCCACUUGGCCACAUCCUGGACCCAGUAUUCACUUCCUUCAACAUAACUACGGGACGCCUCACGGCCUUCUGCACUUCUUGCAACAUUAAAAUAUAUAUGAAUCAAACUUGGACUCCGGAGCUAUGAGAAGCCUCGCGAUAUUAUCACAUGAGCAUUAUAGUACCUUAAUAUAGUAAAUAAAGACUUGACGCUAUAAUAAAUACACAUAGGAAAAGUUUCGCCCGUGAACGGUCAUUAUUAAUUUUUCUUGUAUUUUAUGAAAGCUUAUUCGUAGGUCAAAUGUUGUACCAAUAAACUUUGCUAAUUACCACAA